AUGGAUUUAUUUGAUGCAUUUGAUACGAGUCAGACAUCGACAAUUGUGAGUUUUCUUAUAUUUUCAAAAAAUCUUGAAGUUCUUUUAAUUCUAGGCAGCUUCUGGAGAUGCUAUGCAAAAUUUGGAUGAUGAAAAGAAGAACAAAGCAAAACAACAAGCUGCAAACCUUCUAGACGCCAUGCGAAUGGACACUGGAAUUGCAACAUUCCAAGAAGAAGAUGAUAGUGAAACACCAGCAAAAAGGCAAAAAAUGGAUGUUGACGAGGUUGAAGAUGAAGUUGUGCAAAAGUUCGAGCAUAUUGUUGUUCACACAAUCAAAACAGAUAAUGAGAAUUGCACGCAUAAAGUUGCCUUGCCACCUGGAAUCGAGUUUGCGCCUUUGAGACAAAGUGCGCGAGAACCGGCGAAAUAUUAUCCAUUUCAACUUGAUGCUUUCCAAAAACAAGCUAUUCUUUGUAUUGAAAAUAAUCAAUCGGUUCUUGUUUCUGCUCAUACAUCAGCCGGAAAAACUGUUGUUGCCACGUAAGUUUGAAUAAAAACAGCUUCAGUUUUUAAGAAAAAUGAAUUUUUCAGAUAUGCAAUUGCUCAAUGUCUUCGUGAUAAACAAAGAGUAAUCUACACUUCGCCUAUCAAAGCCUUGUCAAAUCAAAAAUAUCGAGAACUUGAAGAGGAAUUCGGAGACGUUGGUCUUAUGACUGGAGAUGUUACUUUGAAUCCAGAUGCUUCUUGUCUUGUAAUGACAACUGAAAUCUUGAGAUCUAUGCUUUAUAGAGGAUCAGAAAUUAUGAAAGAAGUUGGAUGGGUUAUUUUUGACGAAAUUCAUUAUAUGAGAGAUAAAGAAAGAGGUGUUGUUUGGGAGGAAACUAUUAUUUUGAUGAGCGAAAAAGUUCGACAUGCUUUUCUGUCUGCUACAAUUCCAAAUGCUAAACAAUUUGCACGUGAGUUACUCUAAAUGUCUUCAGAAGUUAUAUUUAAUUUUUAGAAUGGAUUUGUGCAAUCAAACAUCAACCCUGUAAUGUUGUUUAUACUGAUUAUCGUCCAACUCCACUUCAACAUUUCAUUUAUCCAGUUGGUGGAGAAGGUCUUUAUGAAGUUGUGAAUGUGAAAGGAGAAUUCAGAGAAGAUAAAUUCAAAGAUGCGAUGAGUGGAUUGGCAACAACUGGAGAUAAAGCUGGAGGUUUUCAAAAACGAAAUACGAAAGGAACAAAAGGUGAUAGCAAUGUUUUGCGAAUUAUUCGAACAAUUCGAGAAAGUGAUAUGAUGCCUUGUAUUGUUUUCUCGUUUUCAAGAAAAGAAUGUGAAGCUUAUGCGUUGAGUUUGAAAGAUAUGGAUUUUAACGAGGAUACGGAAAAGAAAAUGGUCAGCGAUGUUUAUAAUAGUGCAAUUGAUAGUUUAUCUGAAGAUGAUAGACAAUUACCACAAAUUGGUUCGCUUUUACCAUUACUUCGAAGAGGAAUUGGUGUCCAUCAUUCAGGACUUUUACCAAUUUUGAAAGAAACUAUUGAAAUUCUUUUCGGUGAAGGAUUAUUGAAGGUUCUAUUUGCUACUGAAACAUUUUCAAUGGGAUUAAAUAUGCCAGCAAGAACUGUUGUUUUCACAUCAGCUAGAAAAUUCGAUGGAACUGAUAAUCGAUUUAUCACAUCUGGAGAAUAUAUUCAAAUGUCGGGAAGAGCUGGAAGAAGAGGAAAAGAUGAUCGAGGACUUGUUAUUUUAAUGGUUGAUCAUCAAUUGACUGCUGAUGAUGCUAAACAGAUUAUUAAAGGAGCAACUGAUCCAUUGAAUUCGCAAUUUCGAUUGACUUAUAAUAUGGUUUUGAAUUUGCUUCGAGUUGAAGGUCUUGCACCUGAUCAUAUCAUCAAAAGUAGUUUCUUCCAAUUUCAGAAUUAUGAUAAGAUUCCAGGACUUCGUAAAAGUGAGUUAUUACAAAAUUUUUACUCGAAAGAUGUCAACUUUUUCCCCUAAUUUUUUUCGUUUUCAGAAAUUCAGGAAGUUGAGCGAAAAGUUGAUCGAAUGAAAUUGCCAUACGAAACCGAAAUCAACACAUAUAUGGACAUUGAAAAAGAAAUUGAACAAACGAAAAAUGCGAUCAAAAGUAUUGUUCGACUUCCGAAACAUAUUGUUCCAUUUUUACACGCGGGUAGAUUAGUCAAAGUUGUUAGUGGAGAACGAGAUUUCGGUUGGGGAGUUAUUGUAAAUUAUAAACGACGAGUAAAUCCGGAUGAUAAAACUGAUAUGUUGUGAGUAAAUUGAAGGGUACUUACCGGGAAAAUUGGCGAGGUUUUUAGAGCGAGAAUAAAGUCAUUUAGGUGAACGAAUUUCUCGAGAAAUGAUCAUGAAAAACUGACGUGGAAAAUAUAUUCCAAAAAGUUCACGUUUUAUUUUUAACUAUUUAACAUUUCAAUUAUUUGUGAAAAAGAAAAUCACGUUUUUGCAGAUAUGUUGUUGAAGUUAUGCUUGCCAUUGAUCCUAGUAGUGUUAGUGACACUUCGAAUCCAUCGACUUUGAUUCCAGCAUUCAACAAGGCAGAUGUAAGUUUUUCAGAGAAUUUUUAAUUGGAGCUGAGAAAUCAGGAAAAUUUUUACAGAGAAGAUGGGAAGUUGUUCCGAUGACUUGUGAUCGAAUCGAUGAGAUUUCUGCGAUUCGCGUAAAACUUCCACAAGAUUUAUCAACUCAUGAUGGAAGAAUGAGAUUGAAUGGAAUUAUGACUCAAGUCAUGGUUAGAAUGAAUGGAAUUAUUCCACAACUUGAUCCAAUCACUGAUAUGAAAAUAACUGAUGAGAAUUUCAAGAAGACAAUUGAGAAUCUGAAAUUAUUGGAGGGAAGACUUGAGGAGCAUCCAAUGAGAAAAAGGAAUGAUUUUGAAGAUUGUAGGAAGGAAUAUGAGAGGAAGAAAGAGGCUGAAAAGGAAUUGAAAGCGGCGAAUGAUGAUUUGAAGAAAGCUGAAAGUGUUUUGCAAUUAGGCGAACUUGGACAUCGAAAAAGAGUUUUGCGGAGACUUGGAUAUUGCUCAAAAGAUAAUACAAUUGAAUUAAAAGGAAGAGUUGCAUGCGAAUUAUCUGCAUCGGAUGAAUUAAUUCUCACUGAAAUGCUAUUGAAAGGAACAUUCAAUGCUUUGGAUGAUGCACAAAUUGGAGCACUUUUAUCAUGUUUCGUUUUCCAAGACAAUUGUCCAGCACCAAAACUUGCGCAAGAAUUAUCUGGAUGUUUGAGAACUUUGCAAGAGCAAGCUCGCCACGUGGCAAAAGUUUCGAAUGAAUGCAAAGUUGAAGUGAUUGAAGAUAAAUAUGUGAACUCGUUUAAUCCGGGACUUAUGGAUGUUGUUUAUCAGUGGAUUAAUGGAGCAUCGUUUUCGGAAAUUGUCAAAACUACGGAUGUAUUUGAAGGUAAGAGUUGAUUUCGGGUAUAUAUGGGGGAACAAAUUAAGAGCUACAGCUAGAAAGCCUAAUUGUCAAGGGCCCAUAUCGAGACAUUUAUUCUGGCGAAGAGCCGCGUCUUGAGAGCUUUUAUGUCAAGUAGCCAAGUCUAUUGGAUACAAAUUUUCAAAUGAACUCAAAAAUUCACAGGUCUCCAGAUUUUUUUGAAUCAUCUCAAUUUUAAUUUGAUUCUAGUAUCAAUAGUUUUUGUUUAAUUUCAUUUGAAUUUUAAUAUAUAAAUAUUGCUCAAAAAUUGACAGGUCCCAAAUGUUUUUUUCAAAAUUUUGAAACCAAAAAGUUCAAUAAAAAAUUCCCAACUCUAUUUUCUUCCAGGUUCAAUAAUCCGUUGCCUCCGACGACUCGAAGAAGUAUUGCGUGAAAUGGUGAAUGCGGCAAAAGCAUGUGAUAAUAAAGACCUCGAAGAGAAAUUUGAAAGUGCUCGAAAGAAAUUGAAACGUGAUAUUGUAUUCGCAGCAUCGUUGUAUUUGUGA